UAUAAACAGUUGAAUUUUUCUAUUGGAAGAUUAAGCAUGAGAAAGAUAGUUAUAUCUAUCUAUCUUAUAUUUAUCUUCUGUUUAAGUCUCUCUUCUGGCUUGAAUUGCAAUGAUGGAAAAAUACGUGGAGUGAACCUUGGAGGAUGGCUAGUUCUGGAGGAAUGGAUGACACCAACAUUGUUUAAAGAUUUCCAGAUUAGAUAUGGAGACGAUAUACAUGAUGAAUGGAAUCUAGCGGUCAAGGCAGGGAAGGAUAUCUUUUACAAAGAAAGAUUAAGAAUUCAUUGGGACUCAUUCUACGCCAAGCAGGAGAUUAAACUUCUCUCUGACUCAGGAAUAAGUCAUGUCCGUAUACCUGUUCCGUACUGGUUCUGGCAGGUGGAUUCAGAUGAACCUUAUCCAGAACCAAAUCUGAACGAGAAUGAUGAAAACAGUCCUCUGUUUUAUCUCAAGAGAAUGAUGGAGUGGUUGGAUGAGUUUGAUAUGAGUGCAAAUAUAGAUCUUCAUACAGCUCCAGGAUCUCAGAAUGGGUUUGAUAACAGCGGACGGACUGGAGAUCCGCAUUGGGUGGAGUGGGGUCAGGUUGGGAGAAGUAAGCUGCAUAUUAGAAUGAUAGCAGAGACUAUGAAGGAUUGGUUGAAUAAGAAUUAUUUUAAGCGAAGAACAGUUUACUCAUUCUGUGUUUUAAAUGAGCCUGGGGGAUGGCUGGAAGACAUUUGGAAUACUUGUCGGUAUGAUUACUACCCUGAUGCUUACAGGAAUAUCAGGGAGGUAUUCCCAGACUGGGAUAUUGGGGUUAACAUUCAGCAGGCCUUCAGGCAAGGUUGGGAAUUUGAUAGUUUAAUGGUGGCUCCAGAAUUUCAGAGUGUUUCUGUUGAUAUGCAUGUUUAUCAGUGCUUUGGAGAUUGGUGGAAUAGUAUACACAACGAUGAUGCUGGAAAAGGAAUUCAUUUUGAUGAAUCCUGCAAAUAUGCUUUAGAUGUAAAGGAUAGGUAUCACUGGACAUUUACCGGGGAAUGGUCUCUUGGGAACGCUGGUCCGUGGGACUUUAAUGACCCCAGCUAUGUUGAGUUUCUUCGGCUUUGGUUUAUCGCUCAAAUAGAUGCUUUCGAAUAUGGAGAAAAGGGGUUUGGCUGGUUCUUCUGGGCUGGUAAGAUUGAAGGAACUGGAUACCCAGAGUGGAACUACCUAGGACUACUGGAAAAGGGGAUUGCACCUGAGAAUCUUUGCAACCGACAAACAUUCUGUAUCUUCAAGGAGGAUAAGAUGGGGAAGUUAAUUUCAACUUCUUUCAAUCAAACUUUGGCGCAAACAUCAUUCAAAAAUUGAUCUAAACUACAAUGAAGAUUUAUGUCCGGUUUUAAAAUAAAAAUUGUGAUUUAAGUAUUGAAAAAUGGCAAUAUUCAAUGUUAAGAUUAGGCCUAAAACAUUCAUGUCCUUCAAAUAAAAAACUCUUGUAUGCAACAA